AUGUCUGCUCCUGCUGGCUGCUGCUCCAUUUCCAUUGUGCAUUUUUAUUUUUAAUUUCAUUGUUCAUCAACCGUGUUGACAAGGUGAAGUGGUUUGACAUCCGUGAUAUCGUUUUUGACUCUGGUAUUUUAGUUUGUAUAUUCAUGAAUAUAUUUUAAUUUAAUUUUUAAAAAUACAAUCUGGCUUAUUUUAAGUUGAGUUUAUUCAAAACUACUGCCCUAAGGGCACAACACUUUGAAGGGAAGGAGAUGUCUCUUAGGAUUUUCAUCACUAGGUUUGUUCAACAUGGUAGAAUCCUUUUCCGAAGUUUCAGGCCACACCAAGAAGUGGUGGGCUUCGGAAAAGCCAACAUAUUACCUCAAGGAGCAAAAUUUGAGGCGAUCAAAGCUAAUGCGCACCCACCAUCCUCAGGAGUUCUAGGUCUACCUUCCCAUCUCAGUUCUGCUCGCAAGCUUUUUGUUGACAACGUUCUUAAAAGAGUUACAAAUUCGUUGGCCACCGAAUUAAGAAGAAAGACUACAAAUCAGUUGCUAAGUGGGAACUCAACUCCAUUUUUCGCUCUUAUAGGAGUCAGUCUUGCUUCAGGAACAGGUAUUCUUACCAAGGAAGAUGAGCUGGAUGGUGUUUGUUGGGAGAUCAGGGAAGCAGUUAAUAAGAUGCACAAAAAUAUGUUCCAAGCUGAGACCGAAAUGUUUGAUCAAAACACUGCAAAUUUUGAGAAAUUGGAAAUAGGGCCAAAGAUAGCGAAGGGAAGCAACGCUGUUGUAUACGCUGCACGAUUAAAGGAUAAUCCAAAUACCGAAACAUUUCAUGUUAGUGAGCCGGUUGCUGCUUUUCCAUAUGCUGUCAAGAUGAUGUUUAACUAUGAUGCCGAAUCAAACGCUUCAUCAAUACUUCGAUCGAUGUAUUGCGAGACAGUACCUGCCAGAGUUCACUUUUCUACCCCAGAACUAGUAGAGUGGGAAAAGAACAUGGAGGAGCACAUGGUUGCGCUGCCACCCCACCCCAACAUUGUGGCUAUGCACUGUGUGUUUGCGGACUGGGUGCCGUCCAUUCCCGGAGCUCUGUCUGACUAUCCAGACGCUCUCCCCUCGAGACUCAACCCCGAAGGCUCUGGGCGCAACAUGAGCCUUUUCCUCCUCAUGAAGAGGUACGACUGCAGUUUGAAAGAUUACAUAGCCGAGAAGAAGCCAGAAAUACGAGAUGCCAUUUUACUAUUCACCCAACUUCUCGAGGCAGUGGCACACAUGAACAAGUUUGGAAUCGCUCACCGUGACCUGAAGAGUGACAACGUACUGUUGGACCUGUCCGAGGCAGCUUGUCCCAUGUUGGCUGUGACGGACUUCGGCUGUUGUUUGGCUGACAAAAGCGUCGGGCUGUCCAUGCCAUUCCGCACUCUGGACACCAACCGAGGCGGCAACGCAGCCCUUAUGGCCCCUGAGGUUGCCUCAGCUACUCCGGGACUAUUCUCAUACAUAGACUACUCCAAGUCAGAUGCAUGGACGGUCGGUACCAUCGCCUAUGAGCUGCUCUCCGACGAGGGUAACCCAUUCUAUCGUGGUGCUGGAGGACGAGGACUGCGGAACACCUCUUACGAGGAGGCAGACUUGCCGCAGCUGGGGGAGGAGGUACCUGCGUUGAUUGUAAGGCUUGUGCGCAGUCUGUUGGCACGGAACCCUAACCAGAGGCCUAGUGCUGAGGUAGCGGCUACUGUAUGUCAACUGUUCUUGUGGGCUCCGACCUCGUGGCUAGGACCACUACAGAACAACGUCCUUCCCAGCAGCAGUGAGAUCCUACAGUGGCUACUGUGUCUGACGACCAAGGUGUUGUGUGAGAACCGCACCUACGCCUCGGCCGGCUCUCGCCGCACGGCCACUGAGUAUCAGCUGAUCGCUUGCUUCCUCCAUCGUGCCAAGCUCUCAGUCAUUAGACAGGCCUUGUCCUGGAUACAUCAGCUGUGAACGCUCCAACUGUAGCUGUCGUCUGUUUUGUUUUAUUUAUUUUAUAUCCAUUUUAAUCCAACCUGCGCUUAAGGUGUUACUAGAUCCCCGAGUCCUUGGCAGCACUUUGUGAAUUUGUCGCUGAAAGGAUAAAGGAACGCCCUUAUUGAGGAGAUUUUUUUCCUAUUUAUUUGUUAAAGCUGUUGUUCCGUAUUUUAAAGGAGAAAGAUUGUCAAUGUUUUUAUUUAAGUGUAAUUUAUGCAAAGUUGGAGUUUUUUAAUAAAAAAAAUGUUUUUCUCAAAGUACAUCACAGUUUUUGUUUGAGUCAAACUAUUACCAAGGGGUGAACACAUGCAGUUUAAAUUUACAUCCAACUGUGUUAGAAUAUUGGAGAAUAUUUCAACACAUGUUAGUUCCGACGGUAACACUAAAGCUUUGUAUCUUAUCUUGUGUUUGAAAUGUACUUAUUAUUGUGUUAGAACAUAUUUUAUUUAUUCUUGAAACCUUUGUGAUAUGCUUGUGAUUCUUAAUCAUUAUUUUUUUCCUCACUCAAUAUAUGGAGCAUAAUCAAAUACAUAGCGCUUGCUUAAAAUAUAUUGCGGUGCAUAUGGUUUAUUCAUUGUAAAUUCAAGUUCGCACUUGUAAGAAGAAGCAGGUUUUGAUAAGACUGUUGAUUUGCUUGACUAAAAGUCUUGUAUAUGUUGUACAGCACGGUUUGUAUAGAACGGAAGAACUGAAUAAAUAGUUUUAUUUUUUGCUAGUU